AUGACAACUUGGAGCGAAAGAAGGAGUUCAACAUGCACGUCGUCUUGGGGUUGUACAGAGAGAAAUUCAAUAUCACCGGCUGAAAAAUAUAGACCAAGGACACCUCAGGAACCAGAGCUGAAAAAACCUAAAAAGGAAGAAAAAGACCUCGGUCACCAUAGUGACGGUGAAAAAAGCGACCAAGACUUAGUGGUGGACGAUGCGUCCGAAGAUCCCGUCUCUCCACCAAACGGCACCACCUCUCCGAGAGAAAACGGCAUCGAUAAAUUACCGAAGAAAGAACACCCAGGACCGCACAGUCCCAGAUCUGGCACAUCUAGUAAUGCAUCAACGCCAUCGACAAAGAAAAUGGAGGAGAAACCAACCACACCGAUUUCUAAGUCUGUAACACCUACGUCAGCAGCCGGAUCUUCAUCUGGAAGCGCAUCAGGAGGGCUAAAACCUAUCAAGCAGCAGGGGCUGGGGCAGUAUCCACCGUAUUUAGCAAUGUCAAAUGGUGCUGCUCCCCACGAUCUGCAAGCGGCAGGAAGCUAUGCUGGUUUGCAUAAUAAUAUACCACCAGCUCUUAAUAGCUACCCAAGGCCACCACUACAAGUUGGAUAUGAUCCCCAUUCACAGAUGAGAGCCCCUGUCGUACCAGGACUUGGUGGAAUUCCUGGAGGAAAACCGGCAUAUUCCUUUCACGUAAGUGCCGAUGGACAGAUGCAACCGGUGCCCUUUCCGCCAGAUGCCCUAAGUGGUCCUGGAAUUCCAAGACACGCUCGUCAAAUAAAUACUCUGAGUCACGGGGAAGUCGUUUGUGCAGUGACGAUUUCCAAUCCCACCAAAUAUGUAUAUACCGGAGGCAAAGGCUGUGUCAAGGUUUGGGACAUCAGCCAGCCUGGUUCAAAGAGUCCUGUGUCUCAGUUAGAUUGCCUGCAAAGGGACAACUAUAUCAGAUCAGUAAAACUAUUACCGGACGGAAGAACUCUUAUUGUAGGCGGUGAAGCGAGUAAUCUAUCUAUUUGGGACUUAGCCAGUCCUACACCUCGGAUAAAGGCAGAACUGACAUCCAGCGCUCCCGCCUGCUACGCUUUAGCCAUAAGUCCAGACUCCAAAGUUUGCUUCAGUUGUUGCUCAGACGGACACAUUGCCGUUUGGGAUCUUCACAACCAGACCUUAGUAAGACAGUUCCAGGGCCACACCGACGGCGCUUCGUGUAUAGAUAUCUCUUCUGAAGGAACUAAAUUGUGGACAGGUGGAUUGGAUAACACCGUCAGAAGUUGGGACUUGCGCGAAGGUAGACAAUUGCAACAACAUGACUUCAGCUCCCAGAUCUUCUCUCUUGGAUACUGUCCGAUGGGCGAAUGGCUUGCGGUGGGUAUGGAAAAUUCUAAUGUGGAAGUACUCCAUGCUAACAAACCGGACAAGUACCAAUUACACCUUCAUGAAAGCUGUGUGCUGAGUUUACGAUUCGCAGCGUGCGGCAAAUGGUUCGUUUCUACAGGAAAAGAUAAUCUUCUGAAUGCUUGGAGGACGCCAUAUGGGGCUAGUAUAUUCCAGUCAAAGGAAUCUUCAAGUGUUCUCAGCUGCGAUAUAUCAACAGACGACAAAUACAUCGUUACCGGAUCGGGAGAUAAGAAGGCGACGGUGUACGAAGUUAUAUACUAA